AGGAGGAGACGGGAAAAGAAAAAGAAGAAGAAAGAAAAGAAGGGGGAGAUCAGAGGUGAGGUGCAAAGGAAGAAGAAAGAAAACAGAGGGGAGGGGAGCGCAACUAUUUGAAAAAGAAAGAGGAACGAGAAGUAGAGAGUUUGGGGCUUUUCUCAAAGGCUGCGAAUUUUAGGUAUUUCUAAAUUGGAGGAGAGUGAAGCUAUAGAAUUGUGUGAGAGCUUCGAUUGAAUUUUAGAAGAAGAAGAAGAAAGAUGAAGGAAUGAGAAUGAGAGUUUGAUUUCCUGCUCUUGAAACUGAAUUGUGGGAAGGCCAAGGGAGGAAGUUUUCAGAAGUGAUGGGUUUUCGUCUGGGUUGUUUUGUAUCUAUCCUUGUCUUGCUUUACUAUUAAAACAAAAAACCGUCUGAGUUCUGACUCGUUGCGGAUAUUCGGAACACCCUGUUUUGCUAUAGUUGGAUAUUGGUCUCAGGCUCUGAUCUUGGUGAAAUGAAGAUACUAAAGACUGAUGUCGGAGCACUUGACAAUUUUGAAGUGCUCGAAUUCCUAAAAUCUAAAGGGGCCUCAAAGAAUGAUCUAUCACGGGUGGCAAGAGUUACACAAUCGGAGUAUAAGGUUUUCGAUUAUUUGGUUGAUACUCCUGCUGGUACUCACACAAGAGAGAGUGUUGAAGAGUUCAAGGAGAAGUGUAGACAAUAUGACCUUGGGAAUGAUAAGAUCCUCAAUAUUAUUAACACUAGGCCAGCUUCAGUGGUUGAAAUAUAUGCGAUCGUGGAGGAUAAUGCUGAUGAGCUAGUAGAGCUGGUUGCAGAGGUCUUGACUCCUCCAACCGUCGCAUCCCCUAAACCUGAAGCCGAUACUAAUGACAUUGAUGCAGAGACCAUGAACGUGGAACAAAUUGAACAAAAUGAUGGCAAUAAAGAAAAACCUGAAUUUGGGGAAGUACCAAUGGAGACUAGUUGAUGUGGGUAUAGUAUUGACCAUUUUGUGAACUCAAAAUCACAUGUCCAAGAGCCUUUAAAUUUAUGAUGAGCAGCUAUUGUUUAUCUUAUAUGUUGACAGCUGCUUUGAUGUUUCCAAAUGAGUCGAAUGUGUGUGAUUGUAAGUAGAAAUGAUACUGGAUUUAGCAUUUCUGGUGUCACAGGAGACCUCCCACAUUUACUGUAUUAUGUUUCCUUCGCAGCAUUAUUUGUCAAAAGUUGUUGAAUCCA